UAUGCACUAAACAAAAGCGAUUAUCCCCAACAAGCAAGUACAAGUAGAACCACCAGCACCGACCUCCGGUGGCUGGCGACGGUGCGCACCCCGGAGAAUGUGAACGACAAGGUUGAUCCUAUCGCGGGGGAGAUUCGGUGGCGUGCCAGUGUAUUGUCCGCGCGACGAACCCCGAUCAGUGACGGCGCGCGGGAGGAAGUGGACGCGCUGGAUUUGGUUGAAGAAAAAAACCGGCUGGACCUCCUGAACGCAAGAAGGGCGGAGAGGGAAAGAGAAAUGGAGAGGAUGCCGGAGGAGGAGGAAAAUAAAUCCUCUACGCAGGGGCUUCGAGGACAAAGUGAGGAAACGGUACUAGCAAGAAAUAAUCUACUAAGUCGUGGCUACGGUCGUGGGGCGUCAUCCUCUUCGCUGGCGUACUGGAAUCAAUACGACGAGAAACUGGCAACGGCGGCUUUGGUUCCGCGGGACGGGGAAGAACGGAUGGGAAUCUUCCGGGACAAUGAACCCAGCAAGGAACGACUGCUGCGUCCAAGCGGCGCUAGAACUACCCCCUUGGUCCAUGCGGACAGUGGAGCGUAUUGGGCACAGUAUCCGGAAGAAUUGGUGGAGGGAAACCCAGAGCAGCAGCAGCAGCGGGGACGAAUGCAAUCCACCCGUGUAGUCGGGAGCGGGACUCAGGGAGACGCAGCAGUUGACAGGACGACAUCAAGAACAGGCCGCGCUUUCCCGAGCAGCACUGCUUAUUGGGACCAGUAUCCGUUAGAGCAGCUGCAAGAUGGCGCUAAUACUGCAGCCCGAAAAGGGCGUUACAUGGCACCGCUGGUUGAAGAAAGUAGUCAGGACCACAUAUUUUUUGGUGGAAAUAGAGAUAGACCGGGGCAACAAGCCGCGUCCGACGGUAGUCUUUAUUCUCAGAGGCCGCUACAGCGAGACGAGCGUGAAACCGGAGUUCUUGCCACCUCCAGGUCGCCGUCCUUAUCGCGGAGGCUACUUCAUCCCCGAUGGAGCAGCGUCAUGUCGUCGUCUGACGACAUUCCGCACCGGUCCAGAGUCCUCCUUCCGCAACAGGAGGGACGAGUCAAUAUGUCUACCUCGCAAAUAAAUCCUGAUGUAGAUGUCGCCACCAAUAACUACAACGAUCAGCCUGGUGACCACGUGCAAUCUCAAGGAAGUCCACUUGAGCCAGCGGAGAAGAGUAACAACACCUCCGGGAUGAAAAGACCCCCGUCCUACUACGUGCCACAGCGCGCCCACCCCUCGGAGGAGGACGAGAGGCAGCUUUUUUUGGACGCCGCGCAGGAAAAAUUUCAGUUCGCCCCCGCGGGACGGUCAACUCGCAACGUGGAGCGGUCGCGGCUGCUGUUUGAUAAAAUUCUCGAAAAUCAGCCGGGCAUGGCAAAGGAGAAACUGCAAGUGGAGCAUUUAAGCUUGGACAGAAAUACUACGAUAAAGCAGACAGGACGAGAUGAACAAUUCAGAAAACCAACCGACUUGGAGCGGAAAAGAAGACUGGACGCGGCGAAUUUGCUGCUCUCCUCCUCUUCGUCUGCCAGCUCGGGAACGGAGGAGGAAGGAACGAAAAGAGCUACCACGUCGAGCACUUCAAUGAAAAAUGCCCCACCAGCCGUUGAUUUUCAACAAUUUAUGUUGGCUGAGGCGCUGAACUCGUCGGCGAAAAACGACAAUCUGAUCCAGGUGUUGCUGCGCGGAUUGAUCGCCGCGGGGGGGCGGAGAAGUGUGGUUGCGACGAACAAUUUUGAUUUUCGGAACAAAACGACAGCAAACAACCAGACCAACAUCACAAACUCCACUUCGCUCUAUUUCACCGCGUUUGACAAAACGAAGCGGGACAAAGAGCUGUACAAAAAAAACCGGGAGUUCCGCCACGCGGUGGCGCGCAUGGUGGUCACGGCGCGCAGGUUUCUGACCUUGAAACGAAACUUCCAGGACUGGCGGGUGAAUUGCGUGCACAAACGCAGAAAAAUCGUGGAACAGAAAAAGAAGAAAUCGGUGCAAAACUUUUUCUGCGCGCCUACAACUUCGGGGGCGAUCAUCACGGCGGGGGAGAAAGAACAAGAUCUCGCGGAGAUGGAAGCAUCGGAAGGAAGAGGAACGAAAAGCUUCAUCUCCUCUGUGCCGAACGAAGUUUUGACUACCUCUACCAGCCCAAACUUUGCACUAACUUCCCCCGCUCGCAGUAGCAAAAUAGUACCUGCUUUGACGGAGCCAGGACCACAGCCUGCAGCGCUCAAUAGUACUAACGAGGGAUCAUUUCAGUUCGAGGAAAUGGAUUUCAAGCGUGUCUCCGCUAUUACCGGAGGGAGCGAAGAGGAUUUAAAGACGCGCGCAGAACGCGGGAGCGGAAUGGAAAGUGACGAUGUGGCCGGCGCCGAAACUGCUGUGCUUCUCGAAGAGAGCUACAACAAUGUUGAUGUUUCAUCUCCUGACGUUCGAAGAAGUGUGGCAGCAAAUAAGAGGACUCUCAGCAGCCCACCUUCCAUCACUUCUGAUGCGAAGACCAAACCGAACGACAAUGCGCCAAGAACAAGGGAGGAGUUACAGCAGUUGCUGCCAAGUAGAAAUUCCUCCCUCCAGGCCAAUACCUCGAGUAGAGUUCGUUCAGAACAGGAGAAGGCACAGCGCACUUCGGAUGCGUUUUUCCAGGAGCAGCCAGUGGAGGAAGUAGAACGGGUUGUCGCUGCAAAAACCAUCGCGGCAGAUGAAGAUAGUGAUAACGACGAAUUCCUUGCCAGUCCGGGCCUGACCCCCGCGGAAGUGCAUUACGUCAGUGACAAGGCGGAGUUCUCGAAAAAGCUUUCGUCCAUCCGAAAUCGCACGUUUCGCAGCCACGACGCGGAAAAGAGGUUUGUGCUGGAAGACGAGGAGGAUCUGAGACGCAUUGCGUCGUCGAAGAACAGUCCACAAGCACUGGAGGAAGUGGACAAUGAAGUUUUAGACUCUUCAGAGGACGCGUCGACAGAAGUCGCAGCGGGAGGGAGAGCGUCGCGCAGCACUAAGGAAAAUAGUAAGGGGAAGAAAAAGAAACGACCGUCCUCUUCUAGAAGUCCCGGCAGGAACAAUGAGUCGGCUAUCGCCGGCGGGGAAGCUCUAGAUGGUAUUGCAUCCGCCGGCACCAGUGGUCCACAGGCAAAGCCAAAGGCGGGCGGGAGAAGGAGCGCUGCUGUAAUUGCGGGUGAUCGACAAAAUGCCACGAUAAGUGCGAGGAAGAGUGUGGGCCCUUCUGGCGGAGGUAGCAGUUCUGCUUCAGCCGGUACUCUGGGUCGUGGAGGGAGAAAUAGCGUUGGCGCAGGGGGCGUCGGAGCAGGGGUUGGCCUCGCAAGCAGGAAGAGUGUCACUGGAGGAACAGGGAAAACGGAGGCGGACAAGGAGCAGCCACCCGCGCCUGCCGGAAGGAGGUCUGGUGUAGCUGCGAAGAGGAAGUCGGCCUCCACUUCGGUGAAUCUACUUCCCUCGGGAGGCGGUGGACAAGCCUCUGCUUCGGAAUCGACCACUAGCAGUAAGCGGGGAACGGCGGCGGGCAGGUAUAGGGGCGUUUUUCUUAUGAAUCACAUCUGCGAAAGACAACGUCACUCACUGAUAGUUACUUUACUGGAAUUUUGGUCGCUGGUUUGGUGGAUUUUUCUCCUUCUCGUUUUGGUUUUGCUCAUCAACAAAGUACUAGCAUUGACGAGUACUAAAAAACGAUUGAACUUUGUUUCAACUCCUGAACAUGCGUUAGUACAAUUUAUUACAGGUCUUCUCUGUCCGGACCUCUCGCCGGACCAACUUCUAGAAACGCACGGAAAAGCGCUGUCAACACAAACAAUACAACGGACCAGAAAGAAGUGAAUAUCGAGAAGAUUGUCGAAACGAACGUGAAAACCAAUGCGACAACGAAUGUCAACGUUACAAGAACCGUAGCGACGAGUGAGGAAACCACCGUAGCAACGAAAAACGUGGACCUAAAAACAACAACCACUACGACGAACAAAGCAGCGUCUUCUAACAAAAACACAUCUUCCAACACUUCCGCCUCCACUGCAACGCGUAAUGAUAAACUAACCCCUUCGAGUAGAACAACUCCCGGCGGAGGUCGCGACCUCACCAUGUCGGAGCUUGAGUCCGCUUUGGGUGCGUUAACGACGCUGUAUGAAGUACGGGAAUUGUUUUGGAACGACGAACUGAAGCGGAACACGCUGAUCAGUGUGAUGGACGCGGAGGACCAGGAUGCGCUCGAUGUCUUGAACGGGCGACUGACGGCUUUCAUGGAGCGAAGCGGGACGUCCAUGGGAACUACCAAUUCUUCCGAUACAGCAAGUAAAACAAGGCAAACUACGCUGACGCUCUCCGACAGUGAACUCCUGUUGUUGCAGAAGGCGUUUCAGGAGCUGAAAGAGUUGUCUGACGCCGUUGAAAAUAUGGAGGCAGAAGAGAAAACGAAAGCAAAACAGUCACCCGCAAGGACAUCCUCGUCUACAACUUCAUCGCUCCGAAGAAGCAACGUCAAAGCGGACGCAUCUUCUGAUCUGGAGCAAAAAAUCGCUCUGACGCGUCAAAAAUCGGUGGAUGUGCACGCGAAGAAUUUGGAGAAAAUUUUGUUCACGCGGACUGAAGUAGCGGUGGUGGAAGAAAUCAACCAGACAGUAACCACAGUUGAGGAAGAAAAAGAACUUACCACAGCCGCGAUCGCAUCUCUGUUCUACCAAGAAAUGGAACGAGUCGAAACUACGAAGAACAGUGCAGAAGCGGGUAAGGGAAAGCCGGCCACUAAAAAUCGGCGACUCCGGGGGCCGUUUGGUGCGAGGUGA